GGACGCUUCGCCUGCCCAGUCGCCUGCCCUUCGCAUUCAAAAAGUCCCCCAUCUCGAGCCUCGAUAUCCUCCAGAAACCUACAGGAAAGCCGAAUAUCGGUCUAUAGAGCACGCACUGCAUAGGAACUACCAGGCUCCACGGAAGCAGCUUUCUUCGUAACCCUCCUCCUACGCCACCUUUUCCUUAUCCGAAAAUGCUAUCCCAACCAACCUCAAAUCCGAUCGUGACGGUCUUCGUGGCGAGUGAAGGCGCUGCCUCCGAGAGACGAUUUGAUAAAAGUAUUACCAUUGAGCGCCUAAAGGAAAGACUAGAACCGAUAACGGGUGUGCCCGCAGCGACCAUGAAAAUAAGCUUGUAUACGUCAACAGAUCAAUUGGUUGGAUCUAUGGAUGAUGACGAAAAGAUGCUGGGAUACUACCCGGUGGAGGACUUCAUGCGGCUGCAGGUGACAGAUCUGAACCCACGGCGCCGGCGGAAUGAAUUCAGUGAUGUGUCGCAGGUGGAGAAAUUCGAGAUUACGGAUGCUGAGUAUGACAAACGAACUGACUCAGUGCGCGCAUUCCUCAAACGGAACAAACGCGGCAAGUUCGCCGAACAACCCGACUCUCCGACGGAACCUGAACGCCCGGAAACACCACCGGCAAUGAAACCUGGAGACAGAUGCGAGGUUGCACCGGAAGCCAACACUGAAGUUGUUGGUCAGUCGAUGCGCAAAAGAGGCACUGUCAGAUUUGUGGGCAAUGUGGAGUUCAAACCAGGGUUCUGGGUUGGCGUGGAGUAUGAUGAGCCGUUAGGGAAGCACGACGGAAGCGUGCAAGGUGUAAAGUACUUUUCAUGCCCCAACAAACACGGCGUGUUGGUCCGACCUGAGCGUGUCACAGUUGGGGACUUCCCAGAAGAGGACCUGUUCGCUUCGGAUGACGAGAUGUAAUUGCGACCGUAGUAUAGUCCGUUACAUAGUUCAAUAAAGAGAGCUCCAUUAUCCGAGAGGGGGCAGCUUACGUUGAGUUUGUAUCCAUGAACCUUACCCGACUUGCAAAUGAGCACAAUGGGCGCAUGCAGUGGUAUCGCCCUUCUCCGAACGGCCACAGCGUCCAGUCUCCUCCGACCGAGGUAGUUCUCACAACCGAACCUGUACGUGU